UAUCAGAGGAACCAGAUGGAUUCCUAUAAUAAAAUAGAGGGGGUGUGUGGGGGGGGGAGUGGUCUGGGAUCAGUGCAGUUACGUAAUGACACCGGAACGGGAUCACGUUGUGAAACAGUCCAAUGGUGGAAAGUGACGGAGGCGUCAGGGAACCCAGCGGAACAUCGAGCGCUCAGACACCGCGGACAUCCCGGACCGCUCCGCCCGCACACAAGCACCGUGCCCGGGCUUCGUUUGCAUGGACGCCGGGGCUCCAACGUACCCGGAGGACGGAUUCAAGAAGCGGGCGACACCGCGGAGAAUGUGAGGAAAGGGAAUAAAACACACAACGAUGUGCUCCACGGAAAACAACGCGGAGCCGCUCGGGACAUAGACGAUCAGGGCGGAGAAACCGACCGAGGAGACAAGAGCUUCAGCUGUGAUCACCCGGUGUGGGGCCUCGCCUUCGGGCCCAGGCCCCCGAGAUCCGGCACUGCUGCUGCACGGCCGGGGAACACGUCGUCCAAAGGGAACAACAGCCUGCUCCUGGCCACGGGCCUGGAGAACGGGGUCAUCAAGAUCUGGAAUGUCCUAACGGGAGAUGCUGUGUUUGACCUCCACGGCCAUGAAGGAGUCGUGAGGGACCUGGUCUUCCCUCAGAACGGGACGCUCACGCUGGUGUCGUCCUCCCGGGACAAAACCUUGAGGAUUUGGGACCUGGCUAAGAAAGGUAAGAAGGUGCAGGUGCUGUCGGGCCACAAGGACUGGAUCAGCUGCUGCUGCGUGUCCCCGGACUGCAGCAUGAUCGCCUCCGUCGGCAGGUUCGACCGAAUGGUGUGUCUGUGGAGUUUACGCUCGUACACGUUCAUCAGGAACCUGACCGGCGGGAACAGGAAGACCUUGUACCUCCUGUCUUCCUGUGACUUCUCUCCUGAUGGGGCGCUGCUCGCCACCGCGGCCUUCAGCGGCUCCAGCUGGUGGAUCGACCUGUGGGACCCGUACACCGCAGAGAAACUGGCCACUCUGGUUGACUACUUUGACGAUUACGGGCAGAACCAGAUCUCAGCGAUACAAUUCUCUCCCAACGGUUUGCACUUGUCCAUCGUGACCGACUGCAGAGCUCUUCUGAUCUGGGAGCCGGGAAACAAAGGGAUGGUGAUGCAGACCAAAGCCGACAGAGACUCCAACGGACUCUGCUGCGACUACCAUCCACAAGGGGGCGUGGUCGCCACAGGAACCAGAGACGGCCACGUGAGGUUCUGGAAGGCGCCCAGGACGGUGCCCAGCCUGUGCCACCUGUGCCGAUCCAUCCUGCGCCAUUCGGUGUCCACGCACCAGCUGGAGCCGCUGCCCCUCCCCAAGAGGAUCCUGCAGUACCUCACGUACAGGAACAUCCCCGAGCGCCUCAGGACCCGGAGCUCCUCCGAGGAAGAGGAGGAGGAGUGGAGAGGCUGAACACGAACAUUAAAAAAUAACCAAACAAUGCAACUAAGUGAUUCUUAUCCACUGACCACUACUAAAAUGCCUUUGUUUGCAGAUUGAUUAAACGAUGCUUCCACAGCUCGGAGCAGGAAGCAGCUCUUAACGUCAACAUGUACUGCACUAAGGAUUUAAUUUAUUGCACUACUACUGUAAAACGAUGUAUUAACUCAAUUUUCAUAUGCUUAUAUAUGACUUGAAUAUCACACUUUUAUACUGUUAAUUUAUUGUGUACAUAUCUAAUUCCUGUGUUUAUCAUAAGGGAACAACACACGACCUGCGACUGUACCUGCACAUGUUUGUUGUUAAUGUAAAAAAUAGAAACCGGAAUAUAUAGGAAAUAAUUUUAUUAAACAGACUUAAACAUU